AUGACAAAGGCAGGUGUUCUGAGAAAAGGAGAGUUUACCUGUAUUAUCAGUGAUUUUGGACAAGUUCAGUAUAAAUCUGUAAUGGUAGAUGUUAUAACUUAUCCCCAUAUUGAGGUUACACCAUUAGCAGCAAGUCGUGAACUUGGUCAAUCUAUUGGAUUCCGUUGUGUGACACCUGAUGAUACAAGACAAACAUUUGAUUAUCGGUGGUAUAAGAAUGGUGUGGAGAUUAUCUCAGAUCAUGGGGAUGAGAUUAUUGAAGAGUUAAUCCCUGCUGGUAGUAGAUUAGCAGUAAGAAGAGUAACAUCUGAUGCUAACUAUACAUGUUAUAUUACUAACACUGCUGGUACCAGUAAUCUCACUGCACAUGUCUUCCUCUUACCAGGAAAUAAAACCAAUAAGAUUUGUGAAAGUGAGAAAUAUGAAGGUGUUAAAUGGAAGAGAAUGGGUGCAGGGAAUUUUGACAUAGAAAGAUGUCCUACAGAUACAGGAGAAGUUUUUGUUCUGCGCAAUGUCAGAGAUGGUUAUUCAAGGAGAAUGUGUGAAUGUAAAAAUAACCAGUGUCAAUGGUCACAACCUAAUUUUGCUAAAUGUCAAUCUGGUCAUCUGGUUAUAAUCUAUGAUAGGCUGGAGAAGUUAAGAUUAGGUUAUCAGCAUGAUAAUAUGUCUGAUAUAUUUGAUACGCUGUACAAAUUUAUUAAAUUAGCAUCCAGUCAGAUGUUAGCAGGGGAUGUAGAUGUUAGCUGUUAUAUAUUACAUACCUUUAUUAAAACUAUAUGGCAAUUUCCUAUGUAUACCCCACAAUCUGGUCUCUUCUCUUAUCAGUCUCUAAUGGAAGUAUUAGACCUGUUGCUACAACAAGCUAUCAAUUCUAACCAUUACGAACAAAAGGAUUUGUAUGUGGCUCCAAAAAUAAUUGAUAUAUCAAAUAUGCUGAGUAAAUUAGAGGUUAAAUUGUUACAAAUUACUGAUGGUGAAUCAAUUAAACUUUCUGCCUUGGGUUUUACUACUGGUAAUUUAACUGUUAUACCAACCAACUUACUACCUGAUGGUACCGCACAUGUGACACAUAAACCAAUAUCUCACCAUCCUGUACAUUCAUCAUUCCAAUCUAAUAUAAUACAUGGUUUUUCAAAAUUACAACAACUUAAUCUAUCAGUUGUUGAGAGUCAUGGUAAAAAUACAAGUCUAGAUGAAGGAGAAGAUACAUUAACAGCAGAAGACAAGAAAGAAGUAAAAUCAACAGUCCAGUUUUAUUUUAAAAACUUGUUUCCAUUGAUGAAAGUGGAACCUUAUGGGGAAAGUAUGAGUAAUCCAGUAAGUGAUAUAUAUUCUAUAUAUUUAUUAAAUAAUUGGGAAUCAAGUGAGGAACAUAUUGAAAUUUUUCUACAACAUACUCAACAGGAUCAACAUUUUACAAUAGACAAUGAUACACAGUGUGCUAAGUGGAUUAAUUAUAGAAUGUCAUUUUAUGGUUAUUGGGAUGCAUCUGGUUGUGAAACUAUCAGAAAGAAUUUAACCACUACAACAUGUUGGUGUACAGUUCCUGGAACAUUUGCUGUUUUUAUUAAACCAGAGGAAUCAAAGGAUAUAGAAGAGGUUAAUAUGAACUAUGAUACUGUGUUAUUAGUUGGCUGUAUUUUAUCAUUAUGUGGACUCUCUGCUACUAUUAUUGUUUAUUUGUUUACUUGGAGAAAAUUGGUUGGCAAUGUCCACUGUAUACAUGUUAAUUUAACAUUAAGUUUAGCUAUUGUUAAUAUAUUAUGUUUAAUGUGUUUGGGGAAAUCAAGUGUUGAGAGUGUUUGUGUUGCUGUAAAAAUAUUGCUCCAGUUUUUUUAUCUUGCCACUUUUGCCUUUAUGUUUGUUGAAGCUGUUCAUAUGUUUGUAUCUGUUCAUGGUGGAAACAGAAUGACUAAAACUUGUAUCAAAUAUUUCCUCAUUGGUUGGGGAAUACCAACUGUUUCUACUGGUUGUGUAGUUAUUGCAUCAGAGAAACUUGGCUAUGAUAAAAUGUGUACAUAUUGGUGUUGGUUAUCAGCAGAACAUUGGCAUUAUUAUAGUUUUUUGAUACCUAUGAUAGUUCUUAUUCUGGCACAAGUUGGUUUAACUCUGGCAGGUUUUGUAUCUGUUUAUCAUUGGACAGAAGAAUGGAGAUAUAGUGAUAGAAAACAAUAUCUAUAUCAAGGUAUAGAGAUGAUGAUUAUACAAUUAUUAUUAACAAUAUGUUGUAUAACUGGAUCGAAAAUUCUUCAAAAUACUCCUGUUUAUUCCUUUGUAUUUAUUUUUUCUGAUAUUACAUUGUCUUUUGUUAUUUUCUUUUUUUACUGUGUAUUGAAAAAACAGAAAUUUCCAAGGAGUUCUUUUCGAUCCUUUAUGUUGCCAGAAAAAGUGAAUGAAUCACGAUCAGUAGAACAAACCAUACAAGACCAUCAUAAUGCUGUGAAUAAACGUAAAUAUACAGCCGAAAGAAAACGUCAAUUACGCUUUCUAGUUGGUAGUUCUGGUCAUUAUAGUGGUUCCUCUAACUCGGCAUCAACAACUGUUUCAGGAUCAGGAUCAGGUAGUGAUGGACCUAUUCGAUAUAAAGCAAAUAGUGAUAAUGUAGAUAGUGGUUUCUCCGAGGAAACAGGAAGUGAACAAAAUUGUUUGGUAGAGUUACAUCACUUGCAAAAAGGAAGUGUUAAAGUUAAGAAAUCCGGUGAUACAGGGUCAAAAGACAGUUAUAUUUUAGCUGAUCCUGCCAGUCCUUCUGAACUAACUAACUUAAAGGAAGUGAGUAUUUUACCAAUAAAUGGAAAUGAAUCUUUACUUCAAACUGCUCAACCCAAAACUGUCAAACAUACAAGAUUUGUCUUUGCAACAGAUGGAUCUAAUGAUCCAUUAUUAAGUCAGCAAAGCGCACUGAUUCAUUAG